UCUUGGCUCAAAGCUGCUCAGCUUGAACAUGUUCCAACUGUGAUCUACUGUGAUAUCUUUUGUACUCCACAGCCAAAAUCAUGUCCAGCCCAUGGGAUUGCGUGUGCGAGUUCAUCCGCUCUCAGAGUGCCAAUCUGCAGAGCAUCAUGGAGGGCUUGUCCAAUAUGCACACCAUCAGUGACCUUGACACGAGCGACACGCUCGUGGUGAACAGCGGCAUGUCGCCCUUGCAUCUCUUCAUGUUCCUGCUUCUCGCUGUCUGGGGCUUUCUCUAUGUGAAUGGUCGCCAGACGGAGCAGGCCACCAAAGCCAUGGGCGGCCCUCCGGGUCCAUCCGGCGAAGGAGGCAGUUCUUCCUCAGGUGCUUCUGGCUCUGGCUCUUCUGGCUCCGGGUCCUCCAGCUCUUCGUCUGGUGCUGGUGCUGGUCACUGCGACUCCGAGCUCUUCUAGGCCUGUGCCCUGAGCUUCUUUACUGGUCGGCAACCCGACCGUCCUGGUGUGGACAUUACAGUUGGUUCCAUAGGUGAGCAGAGAGUGAGGUGCAGCCAAACUAUGGACAGAGCUGCACAUAAUAAUUCCUGACGGUUUGUGGCGGCUUGAAGCUUCUUUUGGAACAUUGUCCAGAAAGUUGUAGCUGUUUUC